CAGCUUCAGUGUCCCAAAAUUCGUUGAAGGGGAAAUAUCGAAAGUUGCUCAGCGGGUGAAUUUCACCCAGUGUGUGCGUUGUGUUCCAAAUUCCACUGCAACGCUAAGUGAAAAAAGUGCCUUCCAGAGUGAUCAUGGCAUUUCUGAACCAGAUGUGUUAAAAUUGUGAAUAUCUGGCAGAAUCAAAUUAGUGCAAUUAGUAUUAGCGAAUCAAACAAACAAAACGAUCCACAUGGCAGUGCUUCCAGGGAGGAUUCAGCUCCACUUGCUCCUGCUCACCUUGAUCUCGUGGAGUAAAGCAUCUCCAGCUUCCCAGUUUGUACCUGAUCUCGAUGACCUAGCUUUGAAUUGCGGGGAGAAUGGAGCCCCGCUGAUGACACCGUGCAAGAGCUCCAUAAUUUUGGACUACAAAACAACAACCUCGCUGAAGUGUGAGGCCGACGAACCGAUGUCCUGGUGGACAGCACAAACGAGCAUCGUUUUGGAUGAGAGUAGUUUCGACAACACCGAGGAUCCGGAACGACCCUACGGAACAAACCUGCAACUGAGCGGAGUGACCGCCGAGGAUGUGGGCGCCUAUUACUGCGUGAAGGAAUCGGAACUGAACAAUCUCCCCGAGAAGAACGAGCAGGCAAUGAUCGAGCUGGUGAACCAGGGCGGAGCUAGCUCCAUUUACGUGUACGUGGACGACAAGGAGAACAAGCUCUUCACCACCGAAACCAUUCUGCAAGCCAAGCAGUACGAGGACCUGGUGAUACCCUGCAAACCGGCAAUGCCAGACACCGAGGUGCUGCUGGAAUUCCGAGAGGUACUUUCCAGCACUUCUGUCGGUCGAUAUGAUCCGCAGCGGGGAUUCACCAUCGAAGUCCGUAGCAUUACGGACGGCGGCGACUACAUCUGUCGGCCAAAUCCUCCAUUUCCGGAUAACGAAGACGAGUUCUCUAUCAUACCUGUGCGCUUUAUUGAAUCCGGAUUGGAAAUCCCCAGAACCCAAACAUCGCCAUCGGGUCCCACGACUAACACGGCGUAUACGUAUGCGCCAGAUGUCACCGAUUACGAUGACGAGGUCAUGGUCACUGUCCUCACUGUUACUAACCAAUCGCCGGGUAGUGUGGCACUAACCAGUGGUGGUGGAGCUUUCACCCGGGAUCGGGCAAGGCGAAGUCCAGCCCGGCUGGCUCCGAUGAAUGCCUCGCCCUCACCCAGACCAGGGCAAGCCGGCAAGGCCCUUCCAAAGCCCGUGAUUAAGUCCUCCUCGGGAUCUCACGUCGUUUUGGGUUCCAACUUUACCCUCAUGUGCGAACAGACCUCUCCCUUUGGAGCCACCUACAACAUCGAAUGGAGAACACAGGAUAACAGCAAGGUUUUUCCGAACGAUCGCAUUAUCAUCACGGAAGCAGUGUUUGACGACACGGCUAAGAGCAGCACCCACCUGUUGGGCAGGAGCACCUUGACGGUAUUGGAUGCCCAGCGUUCGGAUUCCGACUUGUACAAGUGUCUGGUAACAGACGCCAAGAACGCAGUACAACACAUCUCCUACAGGAUCAGGGUUUUAGGGCAAAACGAGAGCUAUCUAAACGUUGAUGAGCAAAACGGCCAUUACAAAGUUAUGGAGUUCGCCAACAAAACGAUCCAGAUGACGGCCAACUUCGAGGGCUUCCCGCAGCCAGAGUUCCGAUGGUUCAAGCCGGACGGAACCGAGGUCCGUCAGUCGGAGAACAACUUCAAGAUCGAGUCCACGGAGCGGAGCAUAACACUGCGGCUGCUGAGUGCCCAGCUGCAGGACAGCGGCACCUACGUCCUCCAAGGCAGCAACAACUUCAAGACGGUGCAGCGGGAGUACAACGUGAGCGUGAUGGACGGACCGGUGCUCAGCAUGGCGGACACCUACGUCCAGGUGGGUUCCGUGGCCCGGCUCGAGUGCACCGUGCUCUCCUACCCGCCGGCCCUGGUCACCUUCCUCUUCUGUCCCUGCGUCCUGGAGCCCUUCUGCCCCACCUGCUCCGUGCUCGAGGCGAAUUUCAGCUCGCCAAGUGUACAAGAAUCAUAUCAGUUCUUGAAAAUACCCCGACCCGGAAAACUGAGUGUGGAGAGAAUUAUAGAGGUGUCCUUCCGGCCAACGGAACCGGGAAUUCUCUCCUGCGUUGCGGAAAAUAUGGUGGGCGGUGAGAGUAAAAGGGCCAUAACCAAGGCGCACGUGCUGCUGGGCAAUAUAUCCGAGAAUAUGACCAUAUAUGGCUUCGAUAAGGGGCACAAAAUCGCCAAGGAGGACAAUGUCAACUUCACCUGCGAGGCACUGGCCUACCACUUGGAUGGAAACCUCAGCUGGCUCCACAAUGGCGAGGCGUUGGAGGAGUCUGAUAAUGUUCGAAUUGAAACGAAUCGUACCGAGUACUCCUACAAGAGCACAGUGCAUAUUACCUCAAUAUCCGACCAAGAUCGAGGAACCUACGAGUGCCGGGCGUACCACAUUAGAAAGCCAUCCGAGUACAGCACACAUGAGAUAGACUUAAACGUCUACGAUCCCUCGGCUCCGCAGUGGGUGAACCCAACUCAGGAUGCCCAUAAGAAAAUCAAGCGAAACCUGAGCCAAACCCUGGAACUGGAGUGCGCCUCCACAGCUGUUCCACUGGCCACGGUUCAGUGGUUCAAGGACGACAAGGAGUUGACCGAAUCGAAACUGAUGCACUUCCUGGAGAACAACUCCAAGCUGAUAAUCACACAUCUGUAUCCCGGGGAUGAAGGCGUUUACAGGUGUCUGGUGCAGAACCGAUUGGCCAGCAUCGAAAGAUCCUACACGCUGGACAUUUCGGACCUGCCCGGCAUCAACUUGGCUUGGGUUUGGUUUAGCGCUAUAAUAUUCCUCAUCCUGAUGGGCCUGUAUGUCUGGCUGGCCUUUCGGUAUAAAAUGGAGCAGAACAAGAACAAGAACAAGAAGCCCAAUGACCUUCACAAUCUCAUUAAGGGUGUUCCGGAACGGAUUAAUAAGGACCUUCCCUUGGCCAUCCAGGCAUUACAUUUUCCCUACGACGAGAACUACGAGUUUCCGGCGAAAAAGCUGGAGCUGGGCAAACUGCUGGGAGCCGGAGCGUUUGGAGAAGUGUACAAGGGAAAGGCCAAGGGAAUCCUGCUGGGGGAACCCUCCACCGUAGUGGCGGUCAAGACGAUCAAGGACAACGACACCCAAGCGGUGAGAGCACUGGUUUCCGAACUCAAGAUUAUGAUUCAUUUGGGCAAGCACUUGAACGUGGUCAAUCUCCUGGGAGCCUGCACCAAAAACAAUAUAGCGCGCGAUAUUAAGGUCAUUGUGGAGUACUGUCGUUAUGGUAAUGUUCAGAGAUUCCUGUUGAACAACAGGAGUCGCUUUAUCAAUCAAAUCGAUCCCGAAACUGAUCGCAUCGACCCGAGCAUCAUGACCCGGCGCAAUUCCGACCAGAUUUACCUGCAGAGCAAGGCCUUCCCUUCGACCUUGACCCAUCAGAACACGUUGUACAACAAUAAUACGCAACCUCCACCGCCGAUUCAACACGGAAACUGGGAAAAUGAUCCACGGUCGGGCACCCGAAGCGGACGCACAGGAUCCGGAUCCGCCAUUCCCACCUUGCCGGGAGAUGAUUUUCAAACGUCCAGGAAUUCUGGUCAAACCAUCUGGCGAUCAAACUACGACUCGGAGGCCAUGAUGGUAACCACAACUGACUUGGUCAGUUGGGCAUUUCAAGUAGCGCGGGGAAUGGACUACUUAUCAAGCAGGAAUGUGUUGCACGGCGAUCUGGCCACCAGAAAUAUUCUCCUCUGCGAAAAUAAUGUGGUUAAGAUUUGCGAUUUUGGUCUGUCUCGAACUAUGUACACGGAUGAGUACCAUAAGACAGGGAAUGACAAGCUGCCCGUCAAGUGGCUGGCACCGGAGUCUCUUAGCAGCAAGAUCUUUAGCACUUACAGUGAUGUUUGGUCCUUCGGCGUUGUCCUUUGGGAGAUGUUUUCGUUGUCCAAGGUCCUUUAUUCGGAGAUAAAUUCCAAUCAGGAGCUGUUCAACAAACUGAACGAUGGUUAUCGAAUGAAAAAGCCGCAAUUUGCCAACAAAAUGCUUUACGAAAUAAUGCUAGAGUGCUGGCGAAAGAAUCCUAAAAGCAGACCAUUGUUCGAUAAGCUGGAGCAGCGUUUUGCCAGCAUACUGGGCGAAGAUGUCUCCUCUCAAUACCUGGAACUAAAUGAGCCGUACAUGCAAAGUAACAUCGAGUACAGAAGGGUCCACCCCACGGAUUUCCUGGUGGAAAUGGGUUCUCCCACCGAGCAGGCGCCUGCACCUCCGCGCUUCGAUAGUAAAGUCGUAGUGCCUGAAAUCCGCAUCGACGAACCGACGGAUGGCUAUCUGCUAAUGAGCCCGGGAAACGGUGCCAAAGCCAAAGCAGCCAUAUUCUCACCCACGCGCCUCGAAGGCGAGGCAUCUGACUUUCCCGACCUCUCAAGCGAAACGCACCAACAAUCCAAUCGCUGGCACACUAACUCAGGCAUCGACGAACCGACGGAUGGCUAUCUGCGAAUGAGCCUGGACAACGGUGCCCAAGCCAAAGCAGCCAUAUUCUCACCCACGCGCCUCGAAGACAAGGCAUCUGACUUUUCCGACCUCUCAAGCGAAACCCCUUUCAAUUUCCCAGAAGCGAAGCAAUCGCCUACGUUGAGCAACAACUUGAACAGCGCAUCGAAUAAGCCGCUCAAGAAGAACGGCCUGCACAUGGUGGAUGCAGAGGAUCAGGCUCCGGAGGAGAUACCCAUGCUGCACCGCCAGUCAACCAAAUCGGAUGAGAGUCCGGAGCAGGGCAGGCGAUUCAAUCACGACCUUCACCAGCAGGACGGCGCUCCAACGCCUUCACCCCGCCAUCACGUGGAGACGAAAUUCAACGGUGACUCCGCCGAACACGUCGUUAAUAUGAAGCCGCCAAGAAAGAACAUACCCAGCAAAACCACAACAGGUGGUGGUGGUGGUGGUGGCGUUCCACCGGGCCCCACGGAAGCCUUCUCGAAUCCCGGCUACCAGCCUCUGUUCAUCGUCAACGAGAAGGAACCGCAAAGGUUUAAGGAAGUCCCGGAGCCAUUUGUUUUAGUUCAGGACUUCUAGCCAGCUCAGUUGGUCAUUUAAAUGGAAAUUGUUAAUCAAAAAUGUAAUCUACAUUAACUUAAGUGUAAUUUAAACUGUCAUAGCUGCACGAUAACUUAAAGAAAAUUAUUAAAAUUUCAACUGAACUGUUCGGAAGUCUUUAAAAGCAAUAUCACUUGGUGAUAUUGUCAAGAUUCUGAUAAGCUAGUUAAGCUCGUUUUUAAGCUAGAUCAUACACACUCAAUCCAUGUUAUAUACUAUUAAACCAUUUCAU